GCUGCUGUGGGUGCUGAGAGAGGCGGCGACGCGGCGCAUGACAACAUUAGGCCGCGACGCGCUCGGGGCCAGGCGGUGGUGGGAGCUGUAGCCCGAGUGGCUGCAGCGUUAGCUUUCGCCGCGGCAGUGGUCGCAGCCAGUAGCGGGCGGACGGAGGGAAAGUGGAGCCCGCCCUGGCCAGAGGACCGCGGGCCGCGAGUUCCCGCCCCCCUCGCGGGCUGAGCGGCAGCGCCUCCGCGGCCGCGAGCCAGCGCCCUCGGUCUGGGCUCGCGCCCUAGCUGCCUCCGGCGACAGCAGCCGAGAGAAGUUGGGGUCCGCCCGGCCGCGUGCAGGGCCCCGGAGGAAUCGGCCUGCUCCUCCCCGCCUCUCCGGGGGCUCCGCACCGGAUUUCCAUAUUUACAGGAUGGCUAAAGAUUAAUGGAAAGAGAAGCGUAAACUUACCUUCUUUCACUAUGGAUGCAGGUUUGGCUGAUGGAGAACCUGAUCAAACUUCGAUCUUGCCAUAUUCAGAAGUUGCUGAAGUUCAAGAGACACUUCUUGGUGAUAGCAAAGAUGUCCUUGGGCCAUCAACUGUGGUAGCAAACAGUGACGAAUCUCAACAUCUGACACCAGGAAAGAUGAGUCAGCGCCAAGGGAAAGAAGCUUAUCCAACACCAACCAAAGAUUUGUAUCAGCCGUCUUUUAGUCCAGCAAGUCCUCAUAGUCAGGGUUUUGACAGAGGAAAGGAAGACAUUUCUCAAAAUAAAGAUGAAUCUUCACUUUCUAUGUCAAAGAGCAAGUCUGAAUCUAAACUUUAUAAUGGCUCGGAGAAGGAUAGUUCAGCUUCAAGCAAGCUCACAAAAAAAGAAUCUCUCAAGGUGCAAAAGAAAAAUUACCGAGAAGAAAAGAAAAGAGCCACAAAGGAGUUACUCAGUACAAUCACAGAUCCUUCUGUUAUUGUUAUGGCUGAUUGGUUGAAGAUUCGUGGUACUUUAAAGAGUUGGACCAAGUUGUGGUGUGUUUUGAAACCUGGGGUGCUACUGAUUUAUAAAACCCAGAAAAAUGGUCAGUGGGUAGGAACAGUCCUUCUGAAUGCCUGUGAAAUCAUUGAGCGUCCAUCAAAAAAGGACGGCUUUUGUUUCAAACUUUUUCAUCCUUUGGAGCAGUCUAUUUGGGCAGUGAAGGGCCCCAAAGGUGAAGCAGUUGGAUCUAUAACUCAACCCUUACCUAGCAGUUACUUGAUCAUCCGAGCUACUUCAGAGUCAGAUGGAAGGUGCUGGAUGGAUGCUUUGGAGUUGGCCUUGAAAUGUUCUAGUCUUCUUAAACGUACAAUGAUCAGAGAAGGAAAGGAACAUGACCUGAGCAUUUCAUCAGAGAGCACACAUGUGACUUUGUAUGGCUUAUUACGUGCUAACAAUCUCCACAGUGGUGACAACUUUCAGUUGAAUGAUAGUGAAAUUGAACGGCAGCAUUUUAAGGACCAAGAUAUGUAUUCUGAUAAAUCUGAUAAAGAAAAUGAUCAAGAACAUGAUGAGUCUGACAAUGAGGUGAUGGGGAAAAGUGAAGAAAGUGACACAGAUACAUCCGAAAGGCAAGAUGACUCUUAUAUCGAACCAGAGCCCGUGGAGCCUUUAAAGGAGACUACCUACACUGAACAGAGCCAUGAAGAACUAGGAGAGGCAGGUGAGGCUUCUCAAACAGAAACUGUGUCUGAAGAAAACAAAAGCCUUAUCUGGACACUGUUGAAACAAGUCCGUCCUGGCAUGGACCUGUCCAGGGUGGUUCUGCCGACAUUUAUUUUGGAACCUCGUUCUUUCCUGGAUAAACUUUCAGAUUAUUACUAUCAUGCAGAUUUCAUAUCUGAGGCUGCUCUUGAAGAAAAUCCUUACUUCCGUUUGAAGAAAGUAGUGAAAUGGUAUUUGUCAGGAUUCUAUAAAAAGCCAAAGGGACUGAAGAAACCUUACAAUCCUAUACUUGGUGAGACUUUCCGUUGUUUAUGGAUUCAUCCCAGAACAAACAGCAAAACAUUUUAUAUUGCUGAACAGGUAUCCCAUCAUCCACCAAUAUCUGCCUUUUAUGUUAGUAACCGAAAGGAUGGAUUUUGCCUUAGUGGUAGUAUCCUGGCUAAGUCCAAGUUCUAUGGAAAUUCAUUAUCCGCAAUAUUAGAAGGAGAAGCACGAUUAACUUUCUUGAAUAGAGGCGAAGAUUAUGUCAUGACAAUGCCGUAUGCUCAUUGUAAAGGAAUUCUUUAUGGCACAAUGACACUGGAGCUUGGUGGAAUAGUCAAUAUUACGUGUCAAAAAACUGGAUACAGUGCAAUACUUGAAUUCAAACUGAAGCCAUUUCUAGGUAGUAGUGACUGUGUUAAUCAAAUAUCAGGGAAACUUAAAUUGGGAAAAGAAGUCCUAGCUACUUUGGAAGGCCAUUGGGACAGUGAAGUUUUUAUUAAUGACAAAAAGACUGAUAAUUCAGAGGUCUUCUGGAAUCCAACACCAGACAUUAAGCAGUGGAGAUUAAUAAGGCACACUGUAAAAUUUGAAGAGCAGGGAGAUUUUGAAUCAGAGAAUGCCAGAGAUCGGAAAACAAAAAGUGAAGAGUGGGCGUGCAGGUUAUUUGAGCUUGAUUCACUCACAGGAGAAUGGCAUUACAAGUUUGCAGAUACUAGACCGUGGGACCCACUUAAUGAUAUGAUACAGUUUGAAAAAGAUGGUGUUAUCCAGACCAAAGUGAAACAUCGCACUCCAAUGGUUAGUGUCCCAAAAAUGAAACAUAAGCCAACCAGGCAACAGAAGAAAGUGGCAAAAGGCUAUUCUUCCCCAGAACCUGAUAUCCAAGACUCAUCUGGAAGUGAAGCUCAAUCAGUAAAACCAAAUACAAGAAGAAAGAAAGGGAUAGAACUGGGAGACAUUCAAAAUUCCAUCGAAUCUAUAAAACAAACGCAGGAAGAAAUUAAAAGAAAUAUUAUGGCUCUUCGAAAUCAUUUAGUUUCAAGCACACCUGCCACAGAUUAUUUUCUGCAACAAAAAGACUACUUCAUCAUUUUCCUCCUGAUUUUGCUUCAAGUCAUAAUAAACUUCAUGUUUAAGUAGAAGUUCCUUACAGUUGAAUCAAUGAACUGGAAUGAUCAAAUUUGGCCUGGGACCAAUGUUCAAGUUGGUUUGGUCUUUGUUAAAAUGUCACAAUAUUUCUAAAACAAAAAUCUUAGAGAUAAAUGUAGAGGUGUUGACCUUUCAUACCUUUUUUCCUUAACCUGAAAUAAGAACUCUUGGUCAUUAAAGUGAGCUAUGUGUUAAGUGCCAGAACAUUUCUAGCUUUUGUGACAGUGUGUUUACAUGUGAGUAUAAUAAGUCCACAUGUAUACACAAUUGUGUCUUAUGUAUACCUGACAGUAGUCUUUGUAUUCUAUAGUGUGUUCUGAGAUAUAACAUUAACAUUCGUAACAAAAAUGCUAUCAAUCUUAUAAAAUAUAUACAUAGCAAUCUAUUUUCUUCAUACAACAGGCACAAGACUUUUAUCAAUAAGGAAUUACAGAAUGGGAAAUGAUGGCAUAAUAGACAUAUUAUAAAUAGUUCAAAACACUGUCCUGUUAGAAAUAUCAUUUCCAAAGCACCCAGCUCAAUUGUGUUCUUAGAAACAGCAAGAAAAAAGUGUAGUUGAAAUUGGUGUACUGAGAGAGACAAGGUGGCAGAUUGCUUUUUUAAAGGUUUACACACAGUUUUUUUAACCCCUAGAAUUUUAAUAUUUAUAGAGACAGGUAUAAAUCUGUGUGUGUGUUUAUCGACAUAAAAAACCGAUAUGCAGCUAUUUGGAUCUAUUGAUUAUAUCUUUCUUAUACCUAUAUAAUACCACCUUAAGCACUUGCUUAAAAAAUUGUGGUCAAAAUUGCUGUCCUUUUUUCUUAUUUUUGUUUCUUGUAACCCUGUUGGUCCAGUAGCAUAGGCCAAAUUCUAGAGUUGUUUAUAGGGUAUAUGAUAAUUCAUGUUUUUCAUUAUGAAAAACUUAUUUUAGCUUUCGUUUAGAACUUAGUGUAUUCAGUGAGUAAAUAGAAUAGAAAAAAUUAUAACCAAUAUUUUACUUCAAAAGCCAAAUAAGAGAAAGGCAGUAAGAAAAACUUUGUGUCGUAGCAUUUAUGUGUACAUUAAAAUUUAUUUCUUUAAAAUGUGCAAUAAGUUGAGCAUCUAAGAAGAGCAUCAAGUUCUGAGGUUUAAUUCUUUAUUCCUCUGUUCUCAGUAACUUCAUUCUGUGACAAACCACACUUCAAGAUUUUUUUUGUUCAGACUCAGGCACACUUUUUCCUAAUUUUUUUUCAGGUUAAUAUUUUAAUGUUUGUCAUAAAUAUUUAUAGCCCUCAGAAGCAAUUUUUGCAAAUGUAGCUAAGUUUAGGAACAUGUUGUCCUAAGAUAUGUCUUAGAAUCCUGAAAGUAUACCUUUUGGAAUGGUUAUUAAUGAAAAGUCAGAAUAAUUAUUCUGGCUACAUUUGCCUUUGACUAAGAAGAGACUGUGAGACACUAGCAAAAUUACAAUCAACUGUUUAUGCCAAGAUAUAUACAGUCAAGGAAUGAUUGCUAAAUUACAAAAAUUGAAAGUGAUAAAGAGCCUGCUUUUUUUCUCCCUUACCAAUUUAGCUAUCUUAAUAGUCUUCGGUUUUAAGAAGAGCCAUAUAGUUUGGGCAAAAUAAUGCUGUAUUCCAUAUGUACAUGUGAAAGCACUUUUUUUAAUUGACUGAAAUAUAAAUAAGAUGUACCUAUACCUGGUAUAAGUAUAGAUAUGUCUACACUAGAACAGGUGAGAUUUGUUUGUAUUUCAUACUUGUGUCGUUUUUGUCCUCACUCUCUGUUACCAAUGUCAUGCUCAACUGCCUAUUGAUUGAUAUAUGAUAUUUUGUAAAUAUUGUACAAUUUGAUCCUUUUUAUGGUUUCAAUUAGUAUUUAUAUAUAAGUUGAUUGGCUGAUCACAAAAAUAAUUUCAUCAUUAAACCCUGAAAACUUAAAAUUUUUUGCUGAUAACCCCCUUUUGGGGUUUUAGUCCUACCCACUUGUGUGUUCUUUUCAUUUGGUCGAAAUAGUGUUUUAUUUGUAUAGGUAUCUUCUAAGACUGGGAAGGUAGUUAUGUUCUUUAUGUUUUUCUUUUUAGAGCAGAUGUUUUGGGUUCUUAUUACUCAAGGAGUCAAAAACUUUCAUGAAAAAGAGCAGGGUUACUCAUGACUGUUUCUUAUACACUGAAAGCAUACAUCUAAUCUAAUAGUCUUCUUAUGCUUUUAGUUGUAUGAGUUCCUUUCUGUGAACUGAACACAAAACUCAGGAAUUGGUGGCUUAGUUUUUAGAUCAGUGGUUAUACUAGGCUUAGUAUGUGAAUCCUUUAAGACACGUAAUUAACUUUGUAUGUAGCCAUAUAUGUAAUUGACUUUGAAUGUUCCCUACCUGAGAUUAAUACUCCUUCAAACAUGGAUUCAUAAAAAUUGUGAUUUACAGUUCCCAGUUGUUUGAGAGCCUCAUGAUGGUUUCCAGGAUUUAAGAUCUUAUGACCACUUUUUUUUUCAUUUGAUCAAAAAUUUUAUUUUUUCACAUGAAAAUUUACAUGAGUAAUAAUUAUCGACAUGUGCAUUUGUUUUAGUUAUGCAAUGUACUAUGCCUUCAAUUAUCCACCAUUUAAUGAGGUGUAGCUGGCCCAGGAACAGAUAAUAAAUAGGGCAUGUGAAAUAAGUAAGUUUCAGCAAUAGCUAUUUCACUUGUAUUUCAUGUCAGUACUUUUUUGCAUCACUUUUAUAAAGGUACAGUGUAAUCUUUGUCACCAUUCCAUUGAAAAAGUUGGCCUUGUAAAAUACAACACUCAUUUAGUAUUCACGCUUUUGUGCCUUUAAUAAACUACUUUUUGUUAUUUUUGUGUUACAGAACUACAAUAUGAUUCUAAGUGUUUAUAGGCUUAACUGCCAUAAAGGGUCAUUUCUCUGUGUCAUUUUAUUUCCUUUUAUAUAGCUAUAGUAUAUUUAAACAGUAAUGCUGUACUUUUAUAAGGGUUUGUCUAUUUAACUAUUUCAAGUAUAUUCUUCACUCUCAGACAUCAUUGAAGUAGAUUUGUCAGAUUAUUCUGAGUAUUGUAAACAGUGCCUUUUUGAUGGAAUUCACACUGUUUUGGGUGUCAACUUGUGCCAUACUACACAUAAAAUUCUGUGGAAGGCAGUUUUAACUUUUUGAAGAAUAUCUUAGUCAACUAUUUAAGAAAACAAAAUUCCAUUUUUUCCGGUGUUUAGCAUUUCUAACGAGCAAUGAAUAUAUUUUUGAGUUUUUUUUUUUUUUGGUUGAUAUACGGUGAUGACGGCAAAAUUGAUGAGCCAUACCUGAUGCUGUAGAUGAUUUUGAAUUAUGUUAAAUGUACAGAAAUAAAAUACUAAUAUUAGCAUUUAUACCAAAUUUUCCAAUUUGAACCAGUAAGGGGUAACACCACACAAAUCACUGAGUUUACAUUUCAGCUUCUAUUUCAUGUGACUACAUGGAUAAAGAAAUUCUUUAAAAUGUAUAACCUGCCACUAUUGUGUCAUUUGACUUUAUGUAAUUUGACUUGAUUUUGUUUACGUAUAGUGUGUGAAUUUAGUAUAUUUAAGUUACUUUUUGUUAAUCUUUAAUAUACUGUUUGUUUGGUUACAGUUUUUAAUUGAAGAUGGACUGUUAAAAUCGUAUAGGACCAGUGUCUCCUUAAUAUGAUUAACAUAUUUAGAAGAGCCACAAGAAACCCAUGACAAAAUGAAUGUGAACAUACUUUCUAAAAUGUUUAGAAAAUUUUAUCUUUUUGCAUUUAUCAUGUAAAAUUAUUUAGUAUUACAAUAUUGAUGUUUAUUUAAAGAAAAAUGCCAUGAAACAUUUGAAUUGAUGAGCCACAGAAUUACUUCAGUUGAAAAUUUUUUCACUUUUUAGCAUGCUAAAUAUACAUUUAAGUUAAAUAUCCUGUUUAAUAGCCAUUUAUAAAUUCAGACACUACCACUGGUCAGUUUUGUAUAAUAGAGUAAAAAGUGUGUUAUCUGCAGUGUAAGUACAGCACACUGUCACAUCCUUUCCCUAAGGUGCAUAGUAGAUGUACAGAUAGUCAUAGGCAACUGUUUUGUAAUGUAUUACAUUUCUAAUCUAUUAUUCCUAACCUAUUAUAAAUGUUUGCAGAGACAAAAGAAUUGAAUUUUUCUAAUCUGUAAAAUUAUGCUAACUUCUACAGGUAGGCAUUCUGAAUAAAAUUCUAAAAAGAGUAAA